UCGUGCUGCUUGGAGGUCGAGCGGGCGAAGUCUUCGCUAAAUCGUCGGCCUUGUUGGACCUGGAACGCAUUUCAACGCGCUUCUUGGGGGUUGACAUCACAAAUUAUUCGAUGGAGUAGCACCCGAUCGACAAGUAACUGGGCCGUUGUGGAUCCGUAGAAGGGAGGUUACAAUCGAGGCGAGGCAGUGAGAGGACGAGGGCUUUGCAUCUAGCGCGACAUACAUGUUCAUGUGGUGCCAAACGGGAGUCCCACCAACAACGCAGAAAAACCAACCAAUAGCUAGUAGCUAGCUAGGUUUCGGAACAAGCUACGAACAUGGACAGCGACAGCUCUACGGUGGAAACGCCACGGAGAGGAGGGCACAUUGACCUUAGCAUUGUCGACUUUGUAAGCAGCUACGAUGAUCAGUCGAACUUUAUGUCGUUGCCAUCUGACGUGUACGAGGAGAAAAGACAACAACAAAAGCAAACAGCAAAGACCACCAGCACAAGUCAACCCCCCAGUCCCACCGAUAGCAGCAGACGACAAGCGCAAAAUGCUCAACAUCAAUCAAGCUACCACCAAGACAACUCGCGGGAGAACAGAACUGUGCAAUCUCCAACAUCCGCGAACCCACUUCGGCACUACAACCUCGUAAUUCUCUCCGGUGCAUUCUUCAUCAUUGGGAGUGUUCUGUUCUUCUGGGCAUCAUGGCUAGAGUUCUUUGAGCACAGCAACAACGCGCGAUCACGAGCUUUUCUCUCUAGUAGCGAAUCUCUAAGAGACUCCUCUGAUUCAAGGGGUUUUCACUUGAAACUCUCCAGCCUCGAUACCUAUGUCACACAACAAAUGAUGCUGCUGAUGGGAAGUACAUUCUGCUUCUUGCAGGUUGGGAUCAUCAACCUGGUGAGAACCCCACUGGAGAAGUUUCACUUCUUCCAAAUAGCAGCUGGGUUGUUUGGUUUGGUCAGCGGCAUGUUCUGGGAGUCCAAGACAAUCUUGUCUGACAUUUCCUAUUUCUUCUUUGUGCAUGCCAUGACUGGUCAAGCCCUGAUGCUGUUGCACCAUCAUUACUGGACUCUGAUUCAACCUUUUCGCUCAGAACUUCGGAAGCAACAAGAAAGACAACCCCAGCCCCAGCCACAACCAGCCCAAACUCAAACUCAAACCCCCGCAGAUGACGCCCAGACGCCAUCUCGUAGGCCGUCCCAGCGGCUUUCGCAGCUGCUAUCUCCACGACAACGAAAGGGCCAUUUUGCCCUCUUAUCACCGGGAAAGCUUUCCGGUAUAUUGGACUCAGGCCGAGACGAGGAAAAAGGGUCUGAGAACUCUGAGGAAAGUGUUAGGUCCAACGCAAACUCUGGGGAUGUUAGCUUUUCUGUUGAGGAAAGCUACUCUAUCAAGGACGAUGCACAAGAAUCAUGUCCUCGUGGUGAUGAUAACAAUCCCAGCCUUGCAUCCAAGGAAGAAGAAUCUUCGGGAGAUCCGAACGCAUCGGAUAACAACGUGACAACGUCGCAGCGCGUCGCAAGCGAUUCCAAUUCGACCCAACGGGAAACUGCGGUGGCAACGUACCUUAGGUUCGGAACAUUCUUUGGUGUGGCCGAUGGCUUCUUUGUGCUCGGUGCUGUCGUGGAGACAGCACUGACUUACUUGACGAUUCUGGUCAUACCAUCCAGCGACGACGACGACGACGACAAUGCGGGCCAAUCCCCUUGGAAUGGGGCGGCAAGGAUCCUCAACUUGGCACCCGGAUUUUUCUGGUUGCUUUACGCUAGUGGGACAACGCUGAACACUGUACUACUGCACCGAUAUGUGAAACGAAUACGAGGUCAUCGUCAGUAGACGGCGAUGAAUGAUCGAACGAAACACAAUCGUACUACCUGGCUGUCAUUGAGCAACAGGGGCGGGGCUCUGACAGCGAAAACCAACACAACUUUUGUACUGUACCUGCAAACUGCGUCUAUGAACAUUAUCAUGUACUGUUUCAAAAACAUCUAUAACAAUUAUAACUGGCUACCAUUUCUUUCUUCUCUUUCUCA